GAGAGAGAGGGAGAGAGAGAGAGAGAGAGAGAGAGAGAGGGAGAAAGGAAGAAAGAGGGAGAGAUCACGACCCCCCUCCCCGAAAUAACCCACAAACUUUCAACGUUCAUGUGAAUCCGCGCGCGCGCGCACUCCUCACGGGAUAAGCAGUGGACCGAGCGUGGUGAGAUGGAGGAUGGGAAACCGGUGUGGGCACCCCACCCUACAGAUGGGUUCCAGCUGGGCACCAUUGUGGACAUCGGAGCGAAUAGCCUGACCAUCGAGCCCCUAAAGGAGAGAGGAAAGACUUUUCUUGCUCCUGUUAAUCAAGUGUUCCCUGCUGAGGACGACGUCAACAAACAUGUGGAGGACAACUGCUCGUUGAUGUACUUGAAUGAAGCCACACUCCUUAAUAACAUCCGUGUGCGCUACAGUAAAGACAAAAUUUACACCUAUGUGGCCAAUAUCCUGAUAGCAGUGAACCCUUACUAUGACAUCCCCAAGCUCUACUCCCCCGACACCAUCAAGCAGUACCGGGGCCGCUCGCUGGGAACGCUCCCACCCCACGUCUAUGCAAUCGCUGAUAAGGCCUAUCGCGACAUGAAGGUACUGAAGAUGAGUCAGUCCAUCAUCGUCUCUGGAGAAUCAGGGGCAGGGAAGACCGAAAACACCAAGUUUGUACUCCGGUAUUUAACCACCUCCUAUGGGACAGGUCAGGACAUUGAUGAAAGGAUAGUUGAAGCGAAUCCCUUGCUGGAGGCGUUCGGGAACGCUAAAACUGUCCGCAACAACAACAGCAGCCGCUUCGGCAAGUUUGUGGAGAUUCACUUUAACACAAAGAACGCAGUGGUGGGGGGGUUCGUGUCUCAUUACCUGCUGGAGAAAUCGCGGAUCUGCAGGCAGAGCCAGGAGGAGAGGAACUAUCACAUCUUCUACAGACUGUGUGCAGGAGCUCCUGAAGACAUCCGGGAAAAAUUCCACCUCACCUCUCCAGACUCCUUCAGGUACCUGAACCGGGGAUGCACGCGCUACUUCGCCACCAAGGACACGGACAAGCAGAUCCUGCAGAACCGCAAGAGCCCAGAGCACCUGAAAGCAGGCCCGCUGAAGGAUCCCCUGCUGGACGAUCAGGGGGACUUCAACCGCAUGGUGGUGGCCAUGAAGAAGAUCGGGCUGGACGAUGCAGAGAAGCUGGACCUGUUCAGGGUGGUGGCAGGAGUUCUUCACCUAGGCAACAUUGACUUUGAGGAGGCUGGAAGCACUUCAGGUGGCUGUAUCUUAAAGAGGCAGUCGAGUCAGGCUCUGGAGCACUGUGCCGAGCUGCUGGGCUUGGAUGAAGAGGAUCUGAGAGUCAGCCUCACCACCAGAGUCAUGCUGACAACAGCAGGGGGCGCUAAAGGCACAGUCAUCAAGGUUCCUCUGAAAGUGGAGCAGGCGAAUAACGCUCGGGAUGCGCUGGCCAAGGCUGUGUACAGCCGCCUCUUUGAUCACGUGGUCACCAGGGUCAACCAGUGCUUCCCUUUCGAAUCCUCAGCUAAUUUCAUCGGCGUGCUGGACAUCGCCGGCUUCGAGUAUUUUGAGCACAACAGUUUUGAGCAGUUCUGCAUCAACUACUGUAAUGAGAAGCUGCAGCAGUUCUUCAAUGAGCGCAUCCUCAAAGAGGAGCAGGAACUGUACCAGAGAGAGGGGCUGGGAGUGAACGAAGUGAAAUACGUCGACAAUCAGGACUGCAUAGACCUGGUGGAGGCAAAGCUAGUGGGCAUCUUGGACAUUCUGGAUGAAGAGAACCGUCUACCUCAACCGAGCGACCAGCACUUUACCGAGACAGUCCACAACAAGCACAAAAACCACUUCCGCUUGACUGUCCCCAGGAAGUCAAAGCUGACGGUACACAGGAAUGUGAGGGAUGAUGAAGGAUUUAUCAUCAGACAUUUUGCAGGAGCAGUUUGUUAUGAGACUAUUGACUUUGUGGAGAAGAAUAAUGACGCUCUGCACAUGUCUCUGGAGAGUCUCGUGAGCGAGUCUAAAGAUCAGUUCAUUCGAGAACUCUUCGAGAACUCCAUCAACUCCAAAGAUGUCAAGCAGAAAGCUGGUAAACUCGGCUUCAUCAGUGUGGGCAACAAGUUCAAGACCCAGCUGAACAUUCUUCUGGAGAAGCUGCGCAGCACGGGCUCCAGUUUCAUCCGCUGCGUGAAGCCCAAUCUGAAGAUGGUCAGCCACCAGUUUGAAGGCGCUCAGAUUCUCUCCCAGCUCCAGUGCUCAGGGAUGGUGUCUGUACUGGACUUGAUGCAGGGCGGUUUCCCUUCCCGAGCACCUUUCCACGAGCUCUACAACAUGUACAAGCAGUACAUGCCCCCUAAGCUGACGCGCCUGGACCCUCGGCUCUUCUGCAAGGCCCUGUUCAAAGCUCUGGGCCUGAAUGAGAACGACUACAAGUUCGGCCUCACUCGAGUUUUCUUCAGACCCGGAAAGUUUGCCGAGUUUGACCAGAUAAUGAAGUCUGAUCCGGAUCACCUGGCCGAGCUGGUGAAGCGGGUCAAUAAGUGGCUGAUACACAGCCGCUGGAAGAAGGUCCAGUGGUGCGCGCUGUCAGUCAUCAAAUUGAAGAAUAAGAUGCUGUAUCGGGCCAACGCCUGCAUCAGCAUGCAGAAGACUGUACGUAUGUGGCUGUGCAAGCGUAAGCACAAACCUCGCAUUGACGGCCUGGUGAAGGUGCGGAACCUUAAGAAGCGGAUGGGAAGGUUUAAUGAGGUGGUGUCCGGCCUUAAGGAGGGCAAGCAGGAAAUGAGCAAACAGAUCCAGGAUCUGGACGCAUCCAUCGACGCGCUCAUGCUCAAGAUCAAGAGCACCAUCAUGAGCCGGAUUGAGAUCGAUCACGAGCACCAGGCUCUGGUGACCCGCUCUGAGAAGUUGCUGACCACCAUGCAGAAGCAGAAACAGGAGGAGGAGGAGCGAGAGAGACUGCGCCGCAUCCAGGAGGAGAUGGAGAGAGAGAGGAAGAGGAGAGAAGAGGAGGAGAAACGCCGCAAACAGGAGGAGGAGGAGAGACGCCUAAAAGCGGAGAUGGAGCUGAAGAGGAAGCAGGAGGAAGAGGAAAGGAAGAAGAGAGAAGAAGAGGAGAGGAGAUUGCAGGAGGAGAUGGAGCGGCAGCUGGAGGCAGAGCGAGAGGAGGAGGCGGCCCGGCAGGCGGUGCUUGAACAGGAGAGGAGGGACCGAGAGCUGGCUCUGCGUAUCGCUCAGAGCGAGGCGGAGCUUAUUCCAGAGGAGGCAGGAGAUGCAGGACUCCGCAGUAACGGCAGCGUCCCGUCGUCACCCGAGAGAGCGAUUGUUGCAGCACCACAAAAGCUCAAGAGCUUGACCAUGGAGGAAAUGGCCAAGGAAAUGUCUGAGCUUCUGGCUAGGGGUCCGCAGGUGCAAGCCACAAAGGCGGCAGCCAAUGCCAAGAAGUACGAACUCAGCAAGUGGAAGUAUGCAGAGCUCCGAGACGCCAUCAACACAUCCUGCGACAUUGAGUUGUUGGCUGCAUGUAGGGAGGAGUUCCAUCGCAGGCUGAAGGUCUACCACGCGUGGAAGUCAAAGAACAAAAAGCGCAACACAGAGGCUGAACAGAGAGUGCCCAAAUCCAUCACGGAGUACGCCCAGCAAAAUGCUCCUCCACCCAUCCCAGCCCGGCAGCAUGAGAUCCUGAUGAACCGGCAACAGCGCUACUUCCGUAUCCCCUUUAUCAGACCAGGAGACCAGUACAAAGACCCUCAGAACAAGAAGAAGGGCUGGUGGUAUGCCCAUUUUGAUGGCCCAUGGAUUGCCCGGCAGAUGGAGCUGCACCCAGAUAAACACCCCAUUCUGCUAGUGGCAGGUAAGGAUGAUAUGGAGAUGUGCGAGCUGAGUCUAGAGGAGACCGGCUUGACCCGUAAGCGGGGAGCGGAGAUCCUUCCCCGUCAGUUCGAGGAGAUCUGGGAGCGCUGCGGAGGGAUCACGUACCUGAGGAACGCCAUCGAGACCCGGCAGGCGCGGCCCACCUAUGCCACCGCCAUGCUCCAGAGCCUGCUCAAGUAGACCUCCUGGAAUGCUGACACACAUGCAACCAACACUUAAGGCACUGCCAAGCUAGAGUGUGCUCAAGUAGACUCACCUGGACACGCACUCGUAAUCCAGUCUUUCUAGAUCAAAGGGAAGAACGCAGUUCCUAGCAUAGUCCACAUUCAGAGUACAGUAGGACUCACUUUAAAUGACUGUUGUCUCUCAACUCGUCAGUGAACUGGGUUUUUUUUUAUUGCUAGUUGUCACUCGCAUUGGUCUUUAUUGUUUAAUUUCUGUCUGAUACUGUUUUCUCCUUUAAAUUCAUGAUUUACAGUGAAUCAAUAGAAUUCAAUAUUGUUUUUUUUUCCCUUUUUUUGCAUUUGACAUUGCUUUUCCUUGCACAUUUUUCCUCAGUACUCUAUAACUACAACUAAGAGGCCUUAAUAACUGUAAUAAUUGCCAGGGUGAUUCUUUCUAAGCUGCCUCUCAAAGCAUUUUUUUUGUAUAUUAUGUGAGAAAUAUUGAUAAAUAAUAGCUCAGUUAUUCCAGUAGGAAUGUCCAAACGUCAGAAGUGCUUCUCUCUCGAUUUACGGUGUAAUCGUAACAUCCUAAAAGACUUCACUCCUAUAUAUUUGCUUAAGUGAGAUUUUUAAUCAUUCCAUUUUGAUAUGACACUCAUAACUACUGAUAUCGUGUUGAACUGGAAAAAUACAUUUUCAUAAACCUCUACAGUUUCAGCUUUGCACAAUAUAUACAAGUACAAUAAUGUAGUUGUUUGUUGAUUAUUUUCAUUUGUCAUUGAACAUUUGCACUGAGAAGCGAAAGGUUGGAGAAAAUCACACAUCCAUAGUUCAGAUUUGAAAUCCUAAAGAUGCACUAUAUUUUUCUGAGCAGUUUUUUUCUAAAACCUACCUGUCCCAGCUGUACCUAAUGCUCUUUCAGCUACUACUGAAUGUACAGAACCUUUGAAAUUGCAGUUUCUUUCCCUUUUACACACAGUUGUCAAAGCUAAAAUUGAGCUACAUUAUAUUGCAGCGAUCAGCUUUAUUCGUACUUGUUCCUCCCUUUCCUGAUUUUUCUGUGCUUACCUACACUUCAGCUACACCUGGAUUCUUAGUGAUUUUCCUUAACGUUGGAAAAAAUCUUAAUGAUGUGUGUGAAUAAUAGACUUUUUUUCUUAUUGUCAUUAAAUCGAGGAUGAAUUCUGGGUAAAGAAAUUUAUGCAAUACUUGAUUAACC